GGUUUUUCUGACAUUGAAAUCCAAGAUGGCGGACAGGUUCGGACAGAUCGAGUGUAGUUUUCAAGCUAUUACAUAUUUUUGCUAUCAAUUUACUUCUAUUUUUGAUAAUGAUGUUUCCACUAUGUCGAUCGCGUAUCGUUUAUCGAAAAUAUCGAUUUGUAAUGGUAAUUUGAGUGUAGUGGACGACAAAAAACCGCUCAGAAUAGUUCAAAAUGGUAGUAUCGCGAGAGGUCUUUGGCAAAACAGAAUCCGGGGAAGAAGUCAUUAAAUAUACCAUCAAAAACAGCAAUGGACUAGAGCUGGAUGUGAUAUCGUUUGGAGCUACUUUAGUUUCACUGAAAUGCCCUGAUAGUUAUGAUUUAUUAUUAUUCUUGUUGGUAGACUAUCUGAGUAACCCACCUUACUUUGGAUCAACGAUUGGAAGAGUUGCCAACAGGAUAGCCAAUGGGAAAUUCUCUCUUGAUGGCAAAGAAUACUCAUUGGCCAUCAAUGCUCCGCCAAACUCCCACCAUGGAGGUCCUGUCGGAUUUCACAAGCAUAAUUGGAAAGGCGUGAUUAAGGAUCAUAGAAAAGUUGAAUUUACCUACAUAAGUCCUGACAAUGAUGAGAACUACCCUGGAGAACUGACGGCAUGUAUUUCAUUUACACUCACUGAUAACAACGAGGUUGAACUUUACUACGAAGCAACAACAAAGGCUCAAACCAUUGUCAACCUCACCAGUCAUGGCUUUUUUAAUUUGGCUGGCCAGGUGGACCGUGAUGUUUUGGAUCACAUAGCUCAGAUAAAGGCACCCACUUAUUUGCCCACAAAUGAUGUGCAAAUACCCACAGGUGAGAAGUGCUCGGUUUCCAGCCCAAAUAGCGCUUUUGAUUUCACCACACCCAAGCCCAUUGGACAAGACAUAGAUAAAGUUCCUGGAGGUUAUGACCACACCUACUGCCUGCCUCAGAGCAAGGAAUUCUGUGCUGAAGUGUACCAUCCUCCUAGUGGUCGAGUCGUUAAAAUGUUCACUGAUCAGCCAGGUAUGCACUUUUACAGUAGCAAUUAUCUGGAUGGAAGCCCUGGCAAGGGAGGGGUGUGUUAUCCCAAACAUGGUGCUUUCUGCUUAGAGGCUCAGAAUUUCCCAGAUGCCAUUAACCAGCCUGACUUUCCAAGUCCUAUUCUUCACCCUGGAGAAACUUACAAGCAGAAAACAAUCUACAAAUUCGAAGUGAAGUAGUAGCCACAAGCCAAGGGAGACAAAUUACUGCACCAACUGAUGUUGAUGCCUUAAAGUUAUUGUGCACUUGACUUUUAGCCAGAUAACAUUGAGUUAUAGAUCUAGCAUUUAAAGUUGGAAAUCAAAGAUACACAUAAUGUAAUC